GAACCUUGUACAUAGAAGGGGGCAUCGCUGCCGAUUUGCUGCGUAUUGCCUCCCUGAAAACCUAGAGCGAGAGAGAGAGAGUUCUAGAGAGAGAGAAGAUGGGAGUGGAGAAGGAAGUGCUGAGAACUGGAACAGGCCCCAAGCCCUCUCGCGGCCAGAACGUCACCGUUCACUGCACCGGCUACGGUAAAAAUCGUGAUCUCUCGCAAAAGUUCUGGAGCACAAAGGACCCUGGGCAGAAGCCAUUUUCAUUCAAAAUUGGUCAAGGUUCUGUGAUAAAAGGAUGGGAUGAAGGGGUGAUGGGAAUGCAAGUGGGGGAAGUUGCUCGUCUUCGGUGCUCGCCUGAUUAUGCUUAUGGCUCAGAUGGAUUUCCUGCUUGGGGGAUCCAGCCGAACUCGGUUUUAGUGUUUGAAAUUGAAGUUCUUGGCGCGGAGUGACUCAGUAGCCGACUUGGCAUGUGAUGGAUUGUUGGUGCAGAGGCAUACAUUUUGGUACUCAGAUAAUGUAAUUUAUGUGUGUUGUGGUGCAGAGGCAUACAUUUCGGUACUCGGAUAAUAUAAUUUGUGUGUUGUUGGCUUUUGGACCUCGAUGAGUUUGGAAAUGGCUGGCACUAAGCUCUAUUAUGAUGCUAUACAUUAUCAAGGUUCUGAAUAAUCGACAAAAACCAUGCUUCCUAGUUAUUCUGCCAAAUAAGAAUUGCCACUUACUU